UCUUCCUCUGCAAAGACUCUGGCUGCCCCUCCUGGGCUCUCUGCUUCCACUGGGCACAUGCUGAUACCCUUGAGUGGGCUGCUCUGGUGGUGGUGGUGGAGCUGCUGCUGCUGUGCCUGGUACCGCUGUGGAUCGUGGGCCCCGGCUCCCCAGAUGUUGCGCCACCAGGGUCUCCUCAAGUGCCGCUGCCGCAUGCUCUUCAAUGACCUGAAGGUUUUCCUGCUGCGGCGCCCUCCUCCAGCGCCCCUGCCCAUGCACGGCGACCCCCAGCCCCCCAGUUUGGCGGCCAACAACAACACCCUUCCGGCUCUGGGUGCCGGGGGGUGGGCAGGCUGGAGGGGUCCUCGAGAAGGGGUGGGCAGGGAGACCACUCCUCUGCCACCUCCACCACCUUUGCCACCUUCUUCUGUGGAAGAUGACUGGGGUGGCCCAGCCACAGAGCCACCCACAUCGCUGCUCAGCAGUGCCUCCUCAGAUGACUUCUGUAAGGGGAAGGCUGAGGAUUGCUACUCACUGGGAAGCAGCCUGGACAGUGGCAUGAGGACCCCGCUCUGCCGCAUCUGCUUCCAGGGGCCAGAACAGGGGGAGCUGCUGAGCCCGUGCCGCUGUGAUGGCUCCGUCAAGUGCACGCACCAGCCCUGCCUCAUCAAGUGGAUCAGCGAGCGGGGCUGCUGGAGCUGCGAGCUGUGCUACUACAAGUACCACGUCAUUGCCAUAAGCACAAAAAAUCCUCUGCAGUGGCAGGCCAUCUCUCUGACGGUCAUUGAGAAGGUUCAGAUUGCAGCUGCCAUCUUGGGUUCCCUCUUCCUCAUCGCCAGUAUCUCUUGGCUUAUCUGGUCAACCUUCAGUCCCUCAGCAAAAUGGCAACGCCAAGACCUCCUCUUCCAGAUCUGCUAUGGGAUGUAUGGAUUCAUGGAUGUGGUGUGCAUAGGUCUCAUCGUGCACGAGGGACCCUCUGUGUACCGCAUCUUUAAACGCUGGCAGGCUGUCAACCAGCAGUGGAAAGUGCUGAACUAUGACAAGACAAAAGACCUGGAGGACCAAAAGUCGGGAGGCAGGACAAAUCCCCGGACCUCCUCAGCCACCCAGGCCAAUGCCCCCUCCUCAGAAGAGGAGGCCGGGGGCACUCCGGGCCCUGAGGAAGGCCCUGCCCGGGUGGCCAGCCACCCCUCAGGCCCUCUGUCCGAUCACCACUGUGCUUAUACCAUCCUGCACAUCUUGAGUCACUUACGACCUCAUGAACAGCGGAGCCCCCAGGGCGGGAGCCGGGAGCUCGUCAUGAGGGUCACGACAGUGUGAGACGAGAGACCUGGAAGGGAGGCCGUGACCAUGCACAGAGAUGGGAAGGCUGGGCCAGGAAGGGGCCAGGGCCUGCCGGGGCCACAGUCUGGGGAGCAGGUGUGGGGAGGCCAGGGGGCACCCCAGGGGCUGGAACAGAGGGCAGGCAGAGGGCGGUGGGCCUUGAGGGGGGCCUGCAUGGCAGGGUCAGAGCUGGAGUGAGUGAGGCUGGUGGCCAGUCAGUCGAGCCUAAUCUCCCAGAAGAGCAAGGAACUCCAGGACAGAGUCAACAAGGAAGUGCGAUCCAGCUGGAAACUAAAGGAAACACAAAGAC